UACAGACUCUUCUCCGAAGAGGUUGGGUCUAGUCGGUGUUCUUAAGUCCAUAGAGUUUCCGAGAUUUUUCCGCUGCACCCGAUCAGAUAAUAUGUGCGUCUGUUUCGAAUUGUAUAUUUCCAAGAAAACUUUUGCCAAAAAUUGCACCCAAAGAAAUUAAAUACAGUGGAGUGAUUAGAUAGUUACAGAUUAAUUAAACAUGAGCUACUUAUCGUUACCACGUGUGCUAAGCAAGUUCGGAUACCAAAAUCACAACACGUCUAACCCAAAUUCGAAAACCAAUAGCCUUACCCGAUCCAGUACGCGUAUCGGAUGCGACGAUAUCAGACUCCCGAGAAAAGCAUCCUCCACUCAGUCACUCAACAAGCCUUUUGAACGACGAAAGAGCAUAUUGAAUCGAAAUGGAAGCAUUUCUAGUCGACACUUUCGGGGCGUACAUAAGCAUUUACUCGAUUCCCAUGCGAAGGCAGUUUGCCAUUCGAUGACCGUUACAGAUCUGUAUGAAGAGAUAUUAUUUGAAAUUUUCAACAACAUUGGCUGUGAAAACAACGACGAGUGCACAAACGGAUUAGUUGAAUUUGUGCAGGAGGCAUUCAAAAUUCCGAACGCAACACAUGUGGAAAUUUGUGAGGCGGCGCGACUCAAAGAACCGCCCAAUGUUAGAUUAAAUGUCGAGAUUAUCAAGGCCGAGAACUUAAUGUCCAAGGACUCAAAUGGCUUAUCCGAUCCGUUUGUAACGCUUUACCUAGAAUCGAAUGGUUCCCAUCGAUAUAACUCAUCUGUUAAACCUGCCACAUUAAACCCCAUUUGGGAGGAGCACUUUUCACUGCCGAUUACCGAUAAUGCUCGUGACGAAGUUCUUAUUGUUGAAGUCUGGGACUUUGAUGCCGCUGAAACGGUUAAAGAAAAAGUCAACAAAAUCCUGGAAGUGAAAGGUGUUAAGGGGCUUAGCAAGUUAAUGAAAGAAAUAGCUGUAACCGCUUCAUCGGGAAAACAUGAUAAUGAAUUAAUUGGAAGAGCUGCGAUCACGCUGAAGUCUAUUCCAGUUUCUGGCCUAACCGUUUGGUAUAAUCUGGAAAAGGGGAGCAAGGGUCGGAGUCGAGGAUCACUUUUGGUGAAUCUGGCUUUGAGUGCGGAGAAGAACAAGAGUGUCGCCGUGCAGGAGCACAAGAACUUACUGAAACUUCUGCUAAUGUACGAGCUGGAGACCUCGCAGGUGGCCAACUACUGGUGGAGCGGAAAGUUCAGUCCCAAUGCCGAACUCAUUCGAUCCCAGCACGCUGCCCAGAGUGGCCUAACUCCCUUCGACUGUGCCCUUAGCCAGUGGCACGCCUACAGCAUCAUCCAUGAGACACACAAACUCAAUUUUACCCUUUUCAAUUCUAUUCUGGACAUUGUAGUGCCAGUCAUUACUUACAUGCAGAACGAUUCAGAAGAUGUGAAAACGUUCUGGGAUGGAGUGCGAAGGCUUCUUCCCUCGUGCUUCGCAGUCCUACGAAAGUUAAGGUCCAAGAACACCAGUGAUAAAAAUAUAGUGAGAGCACUUAACGAAGUGCUGGACAUUCUAAAGAAGAUUAAAGAACUUGAAGUGCCGGAAAGUGUGGAUAUAUUCCCCAAAUCAGUUUACGGUUGGUUGCACACAAACGACACCGAUGAAACGUGCAAUAUUGACACUGCCAUUGUGGAUGCCAUCAAUACCGGGACGAAGGAAUGGCUGGAGCACAUCGUGGAGGGCAGCCGGCAAUCCAAAAACAAUGAAACCGAUGAUGAGAAGCUGCAGUACAUCAUAAAACUCAUACAAAUGGUUCGGUCUGACCUACAACGUGCAAUGGAAUACUUUGAUAAAAUAUUUUACCACAAAAUUCAGAUUAACUAUUCCGCUAUCCUAUAUUUAUUUUAUGACUCAAAGCUUGCUGAAAUUUGUAAAUCCAUUAUAAUAGAAGUGUGCAAUAACAUUAAGAGAUUGGAUGUGCCAGACGAUCAAUUCUUAUAUUUACCGAGUCUUGAAAAUGUUAAUAUGGGGACAACUCUAUUCGAGGUCUAUUUAAUACUCAAACGAUAUGUUGCAUUGGGCGAAUCUCUUUGCUCCGAAAGCCUGGAACUGGCGAACUUUUACCCCUGGUUCGAAAGGGGCGUUACUCACUGGCUUGAUAUUUCAAUAAUUAAGGCUCUAAGUCGUAUUCAGAAAGCAAUUGAUUUGGAUCAGCUGAAAGCUGUGGACGAAACAGUUAAAUACAGUUCUUCCGCGGUGGACACACUUUCAAUAUUCUAUCAAAUUAAGAUAUUUUGGCAACAACUUGACUGGCCAGAAGUCGAGGGUUCCUAUAUAUUUGUGGCCAAAAUUGUCAAUGAUCUUUGUCGGUGCUGUAUAUUUUAUGCCCAACAGAUGUCUCGCAGGGUAGAAAACAUUUUCAUUGUUGAUGAUAAUAAGAAUUUCAUUUUGUCAGAAGAGUGGUGCAUUGCCAUUAACAACAUGGAUUACAUCCGCCAGACCUUACCUUCAUUCAUAAAGGAACUUAGCAUUGAUGAUAUAAUUAAGAGAUUGGGAGAGUACCGAACAAAUUUAGAGGCUGAACGAUGCGCAAAUACCAUUAAAACUGUUAUUGAAAACGCUUUGGACACCGAACGCAAUCAGAUCGUUGAGCUUAUAGAGAUUGUGGCCCGGAAAAUGGCACCGCCAAUUAAAAGAUAUUUGGCAGAAGGUGCCGAAGUGCUCGCCAAGGACUCCAACUCAAUGGACCAAUUAAUGAUGUACUUGGAAGGCUCUUUAUCAACGCUUUACGAUACUCUUAAUGAAAUCAACUUUCAAAGGAUACUGGAUGGCAUUUGGUCUGAGUUAUCUAUAAUUAUGUAUGACCUUAUUCAAUCAAACCUUGACAAACGUCGUCCACCAGCCUUCUUCCAAAAUUUAAACAACACUCUUCAGACAAUGAUGGAUUGUUUUAAAAUGGGAAACCUUCAGACUUCGGACGUAAAGAUUCUGUCUUCAAUUCAAAGUAGACUUAGGCUGUAUUCGCUGGAAACAGCAGAUCUUAUUCAUCAGUAUUAUUUGGAGCGUCUGGAAACGCAAAAGAACCAAGAGUCAUCUCCCUAUGGACAACUUACUGUAACGGCACAAUUUACUGAUUCCGGGUUACUGUUAACGAUUUUAAAUGCACGCAACCUAUUGCCAAUGGAUUCGAAUGGCUCGGUGGACUCGUUUGUUAAAGCUAGCUUCAUGCCCACAAGCCGAUUUAACGAUUUAUCAACAGUCAAGACUACCGUGCACAAUAAAAGUUGUUUUCCACUUUACGAUCAGGAGUUUCGUAUAAACUUGAGCGAACAACAGCGGAAAGAAAAAAAUAGCCUUAUUGUAUUCAGCAUCAAAGAUAAAGAUCUGUUCGGAAUGUCCAGCCAGUAUAUAGCAGAAAGCUAUAUCUCUUUCGAAGAUAUUGAGGUAACACCUCUAGGCGAACAAAUUAUGAUGAAUUUAUCCAGACCAGAAUACACAGAUUCCGAUUCACUACGAGCCCUGGAAUACAGACUGGGUGAUAAGCAAGCCAAGGACUUUCUUAAAAAAUUGAAAAACCGAUCCUUCUCCUAAGUUAUAAAAAGUAAUCUAUACGUUGUACAGAAAAGCAAUAAAAAUGUAUUUUUUAUAUAUAA